CUAAAAAUCUGUCGGUGAAGAUCACAAGGGACCAAAGUUUUCCCAAAAAUGGAGACACUUUCCCAGGAUUCCAUUCUGGAGUGCCAGAUCUGCUUCAACUACUACAGCCCGCGGCGGCGGCCCAAGCUGCUGGACUGCCGCCACACCUGCUGCUCGGUGUGUCUGACGCAGAUGCGCAGCAGCCAGAAGGAGAUCCGGUGUCCGUGGUGCCGCAGCGUCACCAAGCUGCCGCCGGGCCUGUCCGUCUCCCAGCUGCCGGACGACCCGGACGUCAUCACGGUCAUCGCCAUCCCUCACGCCUCGGAGCACACGCCCGUCUUCAUCCGCCUGCCCAGCAACGGCUGCUACAUGCUGCCGCUGCCGCUCGCCAAGGAGCGCGGGCUGGGCCUGCCGGGCGAGCUGGGCUGCCGCUUCCUGCCGGGCGGCCAGCAGAAGGGCGUCACCGUGGUGACCGUGCCCGAGCAGCAGCCUCUGGGCCUGGCUCUGGGGCUGGACGCCGUGGGGAUGGACGGUGGCGAGAUGGAGAGGAGGGUCACCGGGCCGGUGGGCGGAGCCGGGAAGGGCUCCACGUGGUCCGGCGUGUGCACGGUGAUCCUGGUGGCGUGCGUGCUGCUCUUCCUGCUGGGCAUCGUGCUGCACAACAUGUCCUGCAUCUCCAAGCGCUUCACGGUCAUCUCCUGCGGCUGA